AUGGCCUCCCUUGCAAGCGUCCAGAAUUUGGAGAAUGCUGACGGUGUCGCCGCCGCUUCUUCUCUCCUGGAGGAGAAGCCCAAAAGCAAAGGGUUUUUCCAACUUGGCUCCUUCUUCCAUUCCCGGAACGAGAAGUACGUCAUCGCCAGGAGCGAAAGCGUCCCGGAGGAGAACGUUUUGAAGAUCACCAUCACUGAAACCACUGUCAUUGAGUCGGACCUGGGCAUCUGGAACUCCCAUGCACUCAUCUACCUCACCUUGUGGUUUUUCUUCAGCUUUUGCACACUUUUUCUUAACAAGUACAUCCUUUCGUUGCUGGAAGGGGAGCCGAGCAUGCUGGGUAACUACUUCUUCUUUCAGGGGGUCAAACCAGACGACCUUUUGGGUUCCUUCCUGCUCUACAAUGCAGGCGUCUCUCAACUUAACUCAGGGGUUACAUUCCAGGGAUAGGGCACAAAGCCACAACCACAUAUGGUCAAAACACUUUAGGUCCCAUGGCAGGUGGGAUUGCUAAACUCUUUUUUCUCAGACGCCCACCCUGUCUCUCCCCCCCCUUUUAUUUUAAUAUUUGUCCAGCUGAAUGCACCCAAGUUAAAUGCAUGUAAGUUGCAAGCUACCUCUUCUACGAUCCUAUGGCUCUGUGAAAAUGGUCUAAGGAACCUUUGGCCUUCCAGAUGUUGCCAAGCUACAGCUCCCAUCAUCCUGAGGGUUGCAGUUCAGCAGCAUCUGGAGGGCAAAAUAUUCCCCACACCUUGUAUACACAGUUUUGGGCAGGGUGGGGAAGCUCCAGAUCUUGCCACACUACAACUCCCAUCAUCCCUGACUGUUGGCCAUGCCGACUGGGGCUGAGGGACUCCUUCAGCAUCUGUGGGGACACCAGUUCCCCAUCCCUGGUGUACAAAAUGGGUUGGAUCUAGACAAAGUUAGUAACUUUUUACUCCCUUUGAAACCAACGGGCCUGGAGUUAGAGCAGGCCUGCUCACUUGAUGUCCAUGGUACUACUACAGCCUGACUUAACAUAGUUUGGAGCAAACCUUUAUGCAUGUGUUUGUGUGUGUUGUUCUUUUAAGUGCCAAGCUGACGGUUUCAACCAGUAUACAUGGUUUAUUUGUGUGUGUUUGAGUAACAGUGGGAUAUAUAUCUUGAGCUGUAUCCAGACAACAGCCCAUCUGCACUAUAUAUUUAAAGCAGCAUUUAAACAUUCAUGGCCUCCCCCAGAGAAUCCUGGGAGCUGUAGUUCGUUAAGGGUGCUGAGAGACAUUGAAGAGGCCCCAGUUCCCCUCACAGGGCUACAAUUCCCAGAAUUCCCUGGGAAGAAGCCUUGAUGAUUAAACCGCUCUAGGAACUGAAGCUCUGUGAGUCUCCCCCAGCCCUACAUGGAGAUGCCUGGGAUUGAAUGUGGGGCCUUUUGCAUGAGAAGUAGAUGCUGUGCUACUGAGCCCUCCCCACCAAAACAGUAAGAUGAGACCCAGGGUCUAUGGGGUGUUUGAAAGUUCAAGCCCCAUAUUUAUCAUAGAGCAUAACCAAGCCUUCCAUGCAGGUUUUUUGAAUGGGAGGGAGAGCAACAGGGGGAGGUAAGGAUCUGUCUCAUUCUGGCUCUGAUCCUCCCAGGCGCCGUUCAGAUGCUGUCUACCACUUUCAUCGGCUGUGUCAAAAUGUUCGUCCCUUGCUGCCUCUACCAACACAAGACCCGCGUCUCAUACCCUCCCAACUUCCUCAUGAUCAUGUUGUUUGUCGGGCUGAUGAGGUAAGAAGUGGCUAGAAAUCUUUCUAAGGCAGGGAUGGGGAAACCACCAUUCCUUUUCCCAGUGUCUAAAAAGGAGGUGGAAUCUUUCAUCAGUAAUAAAAAAAUGCAAUAAUCAAAAGGUCACACAUACUCUUUCAGCUCAGAUCUUGUAUCUGGGCCUCUGUUUCAAUGCAAAGGAGAAUGUCCACCUGAGCAGCAAGAAUGGGGAUUUUUUUGUUGUUGUUUUUAAUCCUAAAGGCCAUAUUCACUUAUGGGCAACAUUCUGAGGGCCUCAUGCUAAGGGUGGAUGCGGCCAGAAGUUUAAAAAAAAAAGUGGCCAGGGCAACACAUGUAAAUUUUUACCUUUCCCCACUAAGCUAGGUUCCAUACACACACACACACACACACACACACACACACACACACACACUAUCCUCCAUCCAGGCAACAAAAAAGGCAUUAUGAAUUAAGAGAGUUCAAAGACAUAAUCUGGCCAGGCAAAAAUGCUUGAAGAGAGUUCUGAGGGCCAGAUAGAGAGGACUGGAGGGCCACAUUUGGCCUGCAAGACUGAGGUUGCUGACCCCUAAGGAGAGGUGUGCUUGUCAUUUAUUUAUUUGUUCAUAAAUAUAUAUAUAUAUGAAAUAAUGUGGCUACUUUAUCUCUCGCAUUGGAAUGAACAGAUUCGAGUCUGCUUCACUUUUGCAUGUGUUCAUUUGUCAGUCUGUGAAUUUCUUUUUAAAAUUGCAUGAGAAUCCAUACUUCAAUCCCUAUUUAAAUAUGUCAUUCUGAAUAUAUUUUCUCAAAAAUUUGCCUUUCUAAAGAUACAUUUCCUCCUGAAAGUGUGCAUAUCUAAACAUGUUGUAAGCAGCUGAGAAUGGGUGUUUUGCUUUUAUAAACACACAGACAGAAACAAAACAAAACAAAACUUUGUUACCCCUCUUCUCUUUUCAGGUUUGCAACUGUGGUCUUGGGCCUAGUCAGUCUGAAGAACGUAGCGGUCUCCUUUGCUGAGACAGUGAAAAGCUCCGCCCCCAUUUUUACUGUCAUCAUGUCCCGAAUGAUUUUAGGAGAGUACACAGGUAAGUCUUGCUGAAACUUAGGCCGCAUCUACACUAUCCAUUUAAAGCUGUAUCACGUCACUUUAAACAGUAAUGGCUUCCUCCAAAGCAUCCUGGGAACUCUGUUAAGGGUGCUGAGAGGUGUUAAGAUAUAGCUGUCAACGUUUCCCCUUUUUAAAGGGAAAUUCCCUUAUUCCAAAUAGGAUUCCUCACAAGAAAAGGGAAAAGUUGACAGCUAUGUGUUAAGAGCCCCCAUUCCCCUCAUACAGCUACAACUCUCAGAGUUCCCUGGGAGCAGGGAAUUGUCUGUUACACCACUCUGGAAAUGGUAGCUCUUGCGAAGCCCCUUGCAUGGUGCUAGGCGAGAAAGGAUCGCCUGCUGUCUUUGGGAUAUGCCCACCUGUCAAACUUUGCCCAGGUGGAACCAGCAGGGGACAAGGGGAGAUAAGGCUCCAGACCACCAGCCAAAUCCACUUGCAAGCCAGGCCGUUGGGGCGGCAAAUCCUACGUGUGGCGAAGGGCUCCCUUCUGUUUGUCCUGAUCUGUCCAUCCUAAAUCUCAACAGGUCAGCCCAAUCUCUGGUCCCUGAGCUUACAUAACCAUGACCCAAAUGCUAAGCAGCUUUGGAAAUAUUGCUUUUAAAAAUGCUGUGGGGUUUUUUUUAACCUGCUUUUGUUUGGAUCUGUUUUUCCCCUCUUUGUCUCCUUCCCCCUCCCUCUCUGAUCAACCCCUUCCCCCUACAAAGGAUUGCUUGUAAACCUGUCUCUUCUCCCAGUCAUGGGAGGGCUCGCUUUGUGCACUGCGACAGAGCUGAGCUUCAACGUCCUAGGCUUCUCGGCAGCUUUGUCUACAAACAUCAUGGACUGGUAAGUACCGUAUUUUUCCAUGUAUAACACGUCCCCAUAUAUAAGACAACCCCUAUUUUUUAGGACCACAAAAAAUAAUAAUUGGGGGUGGGGGGGAUUGCCCAAAUCGCCACUGCCAAUCUCCUGCUGGCUGCUGCCACCAAUCGCUCGUCCCCCCUCUGCUAUCCGUGUAUAAGAUGACCCGCAAUUAUGGCCUGUUAUUUCUAAGGAAAAUAUAGAGUCUUAUACAUGGGAAAAUACGGUAUAUUGGAGACUGCAGACAGAAGUGUGUGGGAUGAGUGUGUGUGUAUACAAGAAAGAGAGAGAGACAGACAGGCAGACCGAGAGAGAGAGAUAGACAGUGUUUCCUGUGGCUGUUAAUGUGCAUAUGUCUGUGUGUGUGUAGUAGAUAUAGAUAUGAAUCACAGGUGUUUUAUAUGAGUUAUAGGGGCUGGACCAGAGGACCUUUUAGGCCCCUUUCAACUCUUAACAGUUCUAUAAUUCCAUUAAUUCUGUUCAUUGUAUGCAGGCAUCCCCCACAUUUACACGACGGGAGUUACGUUCCAGGCCCCCUGCGUGCCUAGAAAGUGGAAUCGUGUAAAGUGGGGAGCACCCCACUUGAAUAGGGAGGGCACAUGGGGAGGAGAGAGAGAGACUCACACUGGAAAUUGCUUGCGGCCACUGCCCGGCCUGCACCGAACCUGCCUGCCUCCCCGAGGGCAGCCAGGGCACACGGCGGCUGUGGCUGGCCACGGAGGGGGAGGGCCAGGAAAGGUGCCCAGCGAAACUGGUGCCAGGAUGCAUCUGCAUGGCAGAGGCAGAGAAAAGGUGCCCCCGCCCCGUGCCACUGAUUGAUCAAAGCCUGCCCUCCCUCACUCCAGCAGCAGCCCCGAGUGACUUCCAGGCAGGAGCCCUGAGCGAGGGAAGGCCCAUAUAUUCAUUUAGUUAUUUAUUUCACGGCAUGUGAAAUAGUCAUGCGUGAGUGGGGUGUGCAUAAGUGGAGGGGGGUGCACCUGUAAUGUAUUUCUGUUUCUGUUCCUAAAUUUAUUUAUCUGCUUACUGCAUUUAUAUCCUACCUUCCCACAAAAGGGGCUCAAUGUGGCUUACAUAGUUUUCCUUGCAACAGCCCUAUGAGGUAGGUUAGGCUGAGAAUUAGCGGCAGGCCUCAGGCCACCCUGAGUUGUGCAACUCGGUCGGAGACCUUUGUGUAGCAGCAAGUCUAAUAAAUAAUAAUAAUCAUUCCACGCACACACACAGAUAUGCCUGCACGCACACACAAACCAUGUUGCUUCUCAUAAACAAACGUGCGGUUUCCUCCCCCCUUGCAGCUUGCAGAACGUUUUCUCCAAAAAACUGCUCAGCGGAGACAAGUAUCGCUUCUCGUAAGUACCUGUCGUAUUUCGGAAACCAAAAACCCCUCCGCGUUGAUGAACCGUUGGCGAGUCCUUCUUGUUUAGCCAGCUCCCUCAGAGGACAGCAGCCAGUUUAGGAGGACUCUCAGAGCCGUCCUAAAUCCAUCUCUUUCUUCACAGAGGUCUUGGCAAGUUCCUUGGCUCCUAGCAUGUGAGAGGGCUGGGACUCUUCUCAACGUUUGGGUUACUGCGAGGGCUUUCCAUGUGAUGCCCUGCAGGUGCCGUUGGACUCCAACUCGCAUCAGCCCAAGCCAGCACGGAUUAUUGAGGAUUAGACAAAAUCAGGGAGGAGAAGGCUAUCCGUGGCUGCUAAUAAUAAUAAAAAAAAUAAAAUUUUAUUUAUAUCCCACCCUCCCCAGCCGAAGCCGGGCUCAGAGCUGCUAACAACAAUAAACACAGCAUUCUAAAAUCAAUUCAUUCUAAAAUCAAUUCAAAUCAAAUUCAUGGCAACCAUUGGGCUAGAGUUCUGUGAGGAUUGCCAAAGGAGGGGGUCAGACUGUGCCUUGGCCAAAGGCCUGGUGGAACAGCUCUGUCUUGCAGGCUAUGCAGAAAGAUGUCAAGUCCCGCAGGGCCCUAGUCUCUUGUGACAGAGCGUUCCACCAAAUCAGCAAUGACUCUGUUCUGCUUUCACUUUCGAAUGCCUCUGAAUCGGCUGGGAAUCAGUAGUGGCGAGAGUUGCUCUUGUGCUCAGUUCCUGCCAUUGGGUUUCCUCAGAGGCAUCUGGUUGGCCACUGUGAUAACAGAAUGCUGGACCAGAUGGGCCACUUGGCCUGACACUGCAGCUUCUUCCCCCCUCUUUAUCUCUCACGCUUUUGACCAACAUCUGUGUUUUUUCUGGACUGAGCUGCCUGUUACAGGACAAAGGGCCUUUUGGUUCUCCGCCCAGGGCCAUUCAAGCUUCCCCUGACCUCUGAUUUACUGGACGUGAUCAGAUAAGCCUGCAAAGCAGGCUGUAGCUGCCCUCUGAAAGAAGCUUGCUUGUUCCUGUGUUGAAUUUUGUUUCAUUUAGCAGGAUUUGUAUCUAAAAGAAUUAAGCAGGUCUCUAAGCCUGGGGUGUGGAAUUUCCAGCCCAUGACCUAAACGGGGCCUAGUAAGGGUCUCAGUUUGGCACCCAAGGCUAUUUCCCCUAAGCGUGUCCACCUGACAUCAUAUAUGAGGCAGGGAGAGACAAAUCUGGAUUGGCUGCACGACACUUUUCCAUGUGGGAAGCUUGGUCACUCAUUCAAUCCCCUCUGAAAGCAGGCUCCAAAGGCAUCCCGUUUUCAGAGUGAUCGACAAUCUAUUUCCUCUCAUAGAGCUGAAAUUCCCAGAGUGUCUCCAGGGAACUCUGGGAACUGUACCACUUUUAACAGUGAUGGCUUUCCCUGAAGAAUCCUGGGAACUGUAGUUUGUUAAGGGGUGCUGAGAGUUCUUAAGAGGCCUGUUCCCCUCCCAGAGCAACAAUUCCCAGAAUUCCCUGGGAAGUGCCACUCUGGAAAUGGGGGGACGGAUAGGAGUCUCCUAUCAACUCUCUGCUCCCAUAAAAAAUUACAGCCCCCUGGAUUCUUUGGGGGGAGCCAUGACUGUUAAAUUGGCAUGAUGCUACUGUAAAUAGUGCAGUGGGAGCGUUUUGUAUGUGUUGAUGCCCAGCAUGAGCCAUUCACCUUCCAUGCAUUUAAAGCACAUUCCCCACCCCCUCAAAAAGUAUCCUGGGAACUGUAGUUUAUUCAUACGGAACUACAAUUCCCAGCACCUUUAACUAACCACACUUCACGCUUUAAAAGUAUGAUGGGUAAGGAACCAUACGUAUGGACCACUGCUGUGGGUAACCCUUCAUCGCUCUGUCACAGCCGGUUUUGUUGUGCUUUUAAAUAUCAUCUCCAGUUUCAGCAGUGUAUUGAGUUUGGGUGUCUCCCGUUUCGUCCUUCUGACUGUUAUUUCCAUUGCAGCCCAUGCAAAAUGCUAAUUUCACUUGAUUAAUUCUCCCCAACCAACACCAUUUCCAUAGCGCUCCUGAGCUUCAGUUCUACACCAGUGCAGCCGCAGUGAUCAUGCUGAUUCCAGCUUGGAUCUUUUUCAUGGUGAGAUUUUUUGUGCAUUCUUCCCCCUCCAACCCCGCUAUAAACGAAGAGUCCUGCUCCAUUUUCAAAGCACCCAAAUUCAAAUCUUGCCUCUGUUACUAAGCAGCCGUAAACAAGCUAGGGUCCCCCGGCCUCUACUUGCCUCCUCCAGAUCAGCAGUAUGGGAAGAAGAAUGCCAGCUUGUAUUACAGUGGUACCUCAGGUUACAUACGCUUCAGGUUACAGACUCUGCUAACCAAAAAUAGUGCUUCAGGUUAAGAACUUUGCUUCAGGAUGAGAACAGAAAUCGUGCUCCAGUGGCGUGGCAGCAGCAGGAGGCCCUGCUAGCUAAAGUGGUGCUUCAGGUUAAGGACAGUUUCAGGUUAAGUACGGACCUCCGGAACUAAUUAAGUACUUAACCUGAGGUACCACUGUAGGCUGCUGUGGGGAUUAUACUAACAUGCUGUACGUGAAGGGCUCGCCAUAAAGCAUAAAGCUUUAUCGCCAUAAAGCAAGGAUGGGGAGGGAACCUGUGGACUCUGACUUCUAGCAAUGAAGGGCCAGAGCUUAAUGACAGAGCAUCGGCUUGGCAUGCAGAAGGUGCCAGGUUCAAUCCCUGGCCUCUCCAGGUAGGGCUGGGUGAGAUCCAUGUCUGAAAUCCCGGAGAGCUGCUGCCAGUCAGUGUAGACAGCACUGAGCUAGAUGGAUUAAUGGUCUGACUCCGUACAAGGCAGCUUUGUGUGUUCAUAUGAAACCUUACAGGCGGUGUAUUUUGUCUGCAUCCAUCAGCAGGCCACAAUUUUUCUCCCUGCCGUUCAAAAAGGAAACCGUCUUUGAAACAUCCCUUUGAGAAAUCUGUCCCUAGGAGAAUUAUACAGGAAGCAACUUCACAUAAUGGAAACCAUCUAAAUCUGAAUAAUGUAAGAAAAACGCACAUGAGUGUCCAGAAUCUGAAAACCUGGAGAGCUGCUGCCAACCAGAGUCAAUAAUACUGAGCUUAGGUGAUCAAUGGUCUUACUCAGUACAAGGCAGCUUCCUGUGUUUCCUUACUUUUCAGCGAUCCCUUUUCUGUGCAUUUUAAUGAAGCCUUCACUGCCUCUCAUCUAUCUUCCUCUUUCUUUUCCUUUCCUUUCUUCUUAGGACGUGCCAGUAAUUGGGAGAAGCGGGAAGAGCUUCCAGUACAACCAGGAUGUCGUCGUGCUGCUUCUGAUAGACGGAGUGCUGUUUCAUCUCCAAAGUGUUACAGCCUAUGCCUUGAUGGGGAAGAUUUCCCCUGUGACUUUCAGGUUAAGAAUCCCCCUUGCAUUUUGUCUUGGGUUUUUUUGAAGAAAAGAUUUGUGUGCAUAUAUUUAAACAAUGGAUCUCCUUGCCUUUUUGACCAGAGAUUGGUCUCUUAUGGCGCCUUACACCAGGUGACCACUGGCAGUAGGUUGAGAUCUACCGCCUGGUAGGAGGGUGUGGAGGGUGGCCUUUUCAGUGGUGGCUCCCCGUCUGUGGAAUGCUUGCCCCAGGGAGACCCGCCUGGAGCCAUCCUUGUCUAUCUGCAGAUGCCAGACUAAGGUCUUUGGUUAAUUAACACAGUCUCCCAUGGUGGAGUUCGUAUUUUCGUAGAGUGGGUAGGACUUUGCAACUGGAUGAGUGUUUUAUGGGUUUUGAAAGUUUUAAAAGUUUUCUGGUUCUAAUUUGCUUUAAUUUUGUUGUAGUUUAUCUUGUCAAGUUGCUCUGGCGUUUUGUCUUCAGCAUAAAGUGACUGAUGAAUGUUGUUAAUACCAACAGCGAAGAAUAAUAGGUUGCUGGAUAAUUUGCAGUACAUGGGCAAAGGUUUCCUUAUUUACCUGCUGUUUUAACAAGCAAGAAAGUGGGGUGCAAGAUCUGCCAACGUGGUGCCCGUGGGCACAAUCCUGCUGAUUAGCCCUUCCCUAUAUUGGAAGCUGAAGCUUAACAAUGGUCAUGGAGCAGAAAAGCCAGGGCUAAAACUCCUGAAUGCAAACAUUUAAUUUGGCCCUUGUGGGGGACUGGAGGGGGCAUAGCUCAGUGGUAGAGCAUCUGCUUUGGAAGCAGAAGGUCUCCAGUUCAAUUCCCCAUCGCAUCUCUAGGUAGGUCUCGCAUUGCAUACAACCCCAUGAGUCUCCCCAGAACAUAAUGUAGGCCCCAUACGUUUCAAGCACCACUAUACCACUUUAAACGGUCAUGGCUUCCCCCAAAGGAUCCUGGGAGCUGUAGUUUGCAAAGGGUGCUGUAAGUUGUUAGGAGAGCCCUAUUCUCCUCACAGAACUACACUUCACAGAAUAUCCUGGGAAGGAGGAUUGAUUAAUAAACCACGUUGGGUCAUGCACCUUUGUGAGGGCGAAGAAAGCCAUAAAUGGCUGUAAACUGCUGGGUCUGGCCGAUAAAACUCAGGAGCCAGGAGGAGAUAAGAGUCCCAUGAUUUAUUACUUUACAAGCAAUAGGUUCAGCAGGUAAUCCACAAAAAUCUGAACGUCGUCCUGGGAGGCCAUUUAUAAGUUUCUUACACAAAGGAUUCCAAUUUCUUCCAAUCAUAUGCAUAGAAACAUUUCCCAUUACAUCAUCAUUUUCUUCAAGCGAUAGGCUAUCAAUUUGUGGGACUCCCGGGGUCCCCCCUCAAGGGGAAGGGGGUCUAUUAACAGCUCUCGGCACCUACAGCUCCAGGAUUAUUUGGUGGGGAAAGGCCUGACUGUUGAAAGCAAUGUGAUGGAUUCAGCCCUGCAGUUCUCUGUCUCACCCAGUCUGUUGACAUGCUCUGGGAGCCUAGCUCUGUUUUUCUGACCUUGUUUUUCACUCCAUCUUCCUCUCCAUUUCCAGCGUUGCCAGCACAGUGAAGCACGCCCUGUCCAUCUGGCUGAGCAUCAUCGUGUUUGGCAACAAGAUCACCAGCCUCUCGGCCAUCGGGACUGUCCUGGUGACGAUUGGGGUUCUGCUCUAUAACAAGGCCAAGCAGCACCAGCAAGAGACCAUUCAGAGCCUGGCAGCAGCCUCUCCUCCCCAGGCGUCCCAGAGCUUGAACGAAGACACCGAACCACUGAUUCCCAAGGACUUGAAGCCCUACGAAUGA